AUGAACUGUGACGUUGCAUCUAUCUUUCUCAUAUGUCUGGCUGCUCUUCUGGCGUACAGUACGGCGACCAUGUUUUGUCGGGACGAUAUGCUGCGGCACAUCUGCAUCUACACCGCGAUGAGUUCCGUGUUCCUCGCCUGCUUCGUCAUCUUCUUCUUCGCCGUGGCCAUGUAUCUUUGCGGUUACAAGGAGGCAGCCAGUGUAAAGUGGUUCAAGUUUUUCGAAACCGGCGACACGGAUUUUCCAGGCAAGAUUUAA